UCAUAUUUUAGUGGGGCUUAGGUUAAGUUAAACCUCCCGAUUAAACCCGUUGUCCCGACCAAUGCUCUGCUGUAGUAGGCGUUGCACACUUCAACUCGCUUCCUCAGCAGCCAUACACUGUGUCUCUUUUUCGUGUUAGUGGUUUUAGGGUUUGCUUUUCUGAAUUUCAACAGCAUUUUCGGUGGUUUUCUUUUUCUGCGAAUUUUAAAGAAUUGGAAAAUGAAGAAUCUGAAGCUGUAUUCGGAGCUGUUACUGAACCUCGAUUUGCAGUCCAAGGAAGAGUCUAUACUUUUCUCCGCAUUUGAUAUCGAACGCAGCCGCUUAUUCUUCGCUUCCUCUGCCAAUUUCCUUUAUACUCUUCCUCUGUCUUCCUUCCAGAAUGGAGCAUGGAAGACAACCUCAUCAUCCAUGGAAGUUGAUCAAAUCGAUUUGGAACCUGGGGACUUCAUCACUUCCUUUGAUUAUCUCAUGGAGAAAGAGGCGUUGAUGGUGGGAACUUCUAAUGGACAUCUGAUGCUGCAUAUUGUGGAUGGUCAUUCAACAGAAGUUGUUGGUCAAGUGGAGGGUGGCGUAAAGUGCAUCUCACCCAGUCCGGAUGGGGAUCUGCUUGGCAUAAUUACUGGUUUUGGGCAGAUACUAGUGAUGACACAUGAUUGGGAUUUGUUGUAUGAGACUGCACUGGAGGAUCUUCCAGAUGGUGUUGACGUACUGACUAGAUUAUGGUUUCAGGUGAACCAAAAUGUUGAGAGCCCCAUUUCUUGGCGAGGUGACGGAAAAUACUUUGUAACACUAAGUGAAGAGUUGAACUCUACUUCCUCGCUUAAGAGGCUUAAAGUAUGGGAGCGAGAUUCGGGAACACUGCAUGCAGCUUCAGAAUCAAAGUCGUUUGUGGGUUCUGUGUUAGAAUGGAUGCCUAGUGGAGCAAAAAUUGCAGCUGUUUAUGACAGGAAAGCAGAGAAUAAGUGUCCUUCAAUUGUGUUGUUUGAAAGGAAUGGAUUGCAGAGAAGCUUGUUUAGCAUUAAUGAACAUGUAGAUGCAACAGUAGAAAUUCUGAAGUGGAAUUGUAGUUCAGAUCUUCUCGCAGCUUUAGUUAGAUGUGAAAAUUUUGACUGUUUAAAGAUCUGGUUUUUAAGUAAUAAUCACUGGUAUUUAAAACAUGAAAUUAGAUACUUGAGACAGGAUGGAGUGAAGUUCCUCUGGGAUCCAAUGAAGCCACUGCAGUUAAUUUGCUGGACUCGUGGUGGCCAAAUCAUGCUAUACAAGUUCAUCUGGAAUACGGCUGUCAUGGAGAACUCAACUGCAUUAGUUAUUGAUGACUCCAAGAUACUUGUAACCCCUCUGUCUUUAUCCCUAAUGCCACCUCCUAUGUAUUUAUUCAACUUUAAAUUUCCAAGUGCUGUCCGGGACAUGGCAUUAUAUUCCAGGGAUUCGAAGAAUCAUUUGGCUGCUUUUCUUUCAGAUGGAUGUUUGUGUAUUGUAGAGCUUCCUCCACUUGAUACUUGGGAAGAAUUUGAAAGCAAAGAAUUUUUUGUUGAAGCUUCCGUAUCUGAUUUUCCAUUUGGAUCAUUUAUACAUUUUACAUGGUUGGACUCACAUAUGAUCCUUGCUGUUUCUCACUAUGGGCUUAGUAAUAGUAAUUUAUCCCGUGGUUCAUUGAGUGAGGAUGGAUUUGUUGGCUUCUAUUUGCAGGAAAUUGAACUUGCAUGUUCCGAGGAUCAUGUUCCAGGAUCUGUCACUUGCUCAGGCUGGCAUGCAAAAGUAUCCUGUAGAAACUCUUUAGAAAAUAUGGUUAUUGGCAUUGCUCCUAAUCCUGCAAAAAACUGUUCAGCAUUUGUUCAGUUUUAUGAUGGAAAAAUCUGUGAGUAUAUAACAAAAAUUGGCAUCUCCAGAGGAGCUGUGAAACAUGAUAAUUGGAGUCUCUCAUCAGCUUGCCCUUGGAUGAGUGUGGUGCCAGUUGGGGACCAUGGAUCAUUGAAGCCUUUGCUUUUUGGACUUGAUGAUAUUGGGAUGCUGCAUGUUAGUGGGAAGGUUUUAUGCAAUAACUGUAGCAGUUUCUUCUUUUACUCAAAUUUGGCUGACCAAGUGGUCACACAUCUAAUUCUUGCAACUAAGCAGGAUUUGCUUUAUAUUGUUGACAUAAAUGAUAUAUUGAAUGGGGAGUCAGAAAUAAAAUAUGAGAACUUUAUUCAUGUUAACAAAAGGAAAGAAGAAGAUAACAUAAACUUCAUAAAUAUAUGGGAGAGAGGUGCCAAAAUUGUUGGUGUUCUGCAUGGAGAUGAAGCUGCUGUCAUAUUGCAAACAACUCGGGGAAACCUUGAAUGCAUUUACCCAAGAAAAUUGGUUCUGACGUCUAUUUGCAAUGCAUUGGUCCAGCGGCGCUUUAGAGAUGCACUACUCAUGCUGAGGCGGCAUAGGAUUGAUUUUAAUGUCAUUGUUGAUCAUUGUGGUUGGCAAGUAUUCCUCCAAUCAGCUUCAGAGUUUGUUAGGCAGGUUAACAGUUUGAACUACAUAACUGAGUUUGUUUGUGCCAUAAAAAAUGAAAACAUUAUGGAGACCUUAUAUAAAAACUUUAGUUCUCUGCCUUGCCUGAAAGGAAGUAAAGAUUUUCAAGCCAGAGAUUCUGUUGGUCCUGAUAGCACUAACAAGGUUACUUCCAUCCUGGCAGCCAUAAGGAAGGCUCUUGAGGAACAGUUACCAGAGAGUCCUGCAAGGGAGCUUUGCAUUUUAACAACUUUAGCUCGUAGCAACCCUCCUGCUCUUGAAGAGGCUCUGGAGAGAAUAAAAGUUAUCCGUGAAAUGGAAUUACUAGGUUCUAUAGACCCAAGGAGAAUGUCUUUCCCCUCUGCUGAAGAGGCCUUGAAGCAUUUAUUAUGGUUGUCUGAUACUGAUGCUGUGUAUGAAGCUGCUUUAGGCCUUUAUGAUUUGAACCUUGCAGCAAUUGUGGCCCUGAACUCUCAGCGGGACCCUAAAGAAUUUCUUCCUUUUCUGCAAGAACUGGAACAUAUGCCUGUUGUGUUAAUGCGUUACAAUAUUGAUCUUAGGUUGCAUAGAUUUGAGAAGGCUCUCAAGCACAUUGUUUCUGCAGGGGAUGCGUAUUAUUCUGAUUGUAUGAACCUAAUGAAGAAAAAUCCUCACCUUUUCCCAUUGGGGCUUCAAUUGAUCAAUGAUCCUUCUAGAAGGAGGCAAGUCCUUGAGGCUUGGGGAGAUCAUCUUAGUGAUGAAAAAUGCUUUGAGGAUGCUGCUACAACUUAUUUGUGCUGUUCCAGUUUAGAAAAGGCUUUUAAGUCAUAUCGUGCUUGUGGCAACUGGAGUGGAGUGCUUACUGUUGCUGGGCUCCUUAAACUGGGAAAAGAAGAGAUAAUCAAGUUGGCUCAUGAGCUUUGUGAAGAACUUCAAGCUCUUGGUAAACCAAGGGAAGCAGCAAAAAUUGCGCUAGAGUAUAUUGGAGACGUUAACGCUGGGAUUAGUUUGUUAAUUAGUGCAAGGGACUGGGAGGAUGCUUUGAGGGUUGCUUUUAUGCACAAUAUCCAGGAUUUGAUUUCAGAAGUGAAGAAUGCCUCCCUGGAGUGUGCAAGCUUGCUUAUUGGUGAAUAUGAGGAAGGUUUAGAGAAAGUAGGGAAGUACUUAGUCCGAUAUUUAGCUGUACGACAAAGAAGAUUACUUCUUGCUGCAAAGCUCCAGGCAGAAGAACAGUCAAUGAAUGAUCUAGAUGAUGACGCUGCUUCUGAAACUAGCAGUAACUUAAGUGGAAUGAGUGCUUACACUACAGGAACAAGGAGUAGUGGUGUUACUUCUAUCAGCUCAAGUGCAGCUAGCAAGGCAAGAGAUACCAGACGUCAGAGGAAGAGAGGAAAAAUUCGUCCUGGAAGUGCUGGUGAGGAGAUGGCUCUGGUAGAGCAUUUGAAGGGUAUGUCUCCAACAGAUGGAGCAAAACUUGAGCUAAAAUCUCUGUUGCUUUCCCUUGUGAUGCUUGGGGAGGUAGAAAUUGCAAGGAAGCUACAACGUGCUGGAGAGAACUUUCAAUUGUCUCAACUGGCAGCAGUAAGGCUAGCUGAAGAUACAAUGUCUAAUGAUAGAAUGGAUGACCAGAUACAUACUUUGGAGCAUUAUACACAGAAAAUGAGACUUGAAGUGCAGAAUUCUGAAGCUUUCUUUUGGCGGUGUAAAGUAUUCCCCUUUUAAAAAGACAACUAUUUGCUCGCGGUGUGUAAUUGCAGAGUCUAUGAUCUGUGCGCCUGCAGCUGAAGCUGAUAUUUGGAAAGUGAAGGUAGCAUAUGAGGAGAGGAGGAGAUUGGAGGAUAAAGGAAGGGUAUAAUUAACAUACCUUGUCUCCUUAUUGGAUCUUAUACAGCCAUUAAGCAGGUUGAAUCAGAAAAGGAGGUUCCGAAGUUGUAUGCAUAUACUACGGACUGUAGUCAAACGAUUGGAAUCAUUCAAUACGGUGGAGGGAACAGUUCCCUUUAAGCACCAACUUUUUGCCAAAAUUGUGACCUUUUUGUUUAGCGGAAUUUGAAUAAGCCUUUUAAUUAUGUGUUACUUUCAAGAGUAACAUGCAACGAACAUAGUGUUUCACACACUAUCAUGUCAACAGUGAAUAGUAUUGAAGUUUAGUGAACUUGGUAUUUAAGACCAGUGAUUGCUUGUUCGUAUUA